UAGCCCCCCUCAUGUUGAACCUGAGGCUAGAGCUACUGUCCUGGGAGAAAAGGGGACAGUCUCUAUAAAGUCCCCAUUCUUUUGCAACUUGGCUUCCCUAUUUUACCUACAGGCACCCCUAUGUGAAUAGAAAGGAGAUUCUUGGCAGGACUGGAGUUAAAGCACCACAUGUUUUCUUGGACAAAUGAAGUAGCCCUCUUUAAUUCACCAUUCUGACUUGGACACUACAUACUACAUGACUCAUCCCUUCCAACGUCCAGACUAAGUCUCCCUAACAGAGGAAAUAAAAUGCGGGGAAAGGGGUGACGAAACAGCAGAGAUCAUGGGACAGCAGCUCGGGGGGGAAAGGGUUACCAGAGAGCAACCCUGUCAACUUAGGGGGUUCCGCCUGCAGGGUAGACACCCUUUCUGUCUGUCAGCUGCAGAGAAAUAGCAGCUGUCCCCAUAUAAGAAACUUUAUACAGUUUAUACAUUGAGAUGUUAGGUCAAUGCAGCAGUUCCAACCUUUGUGUCCCCAACAGAAGUAAGAGUAGAGAGUACCCCAGAAGCAACAGGCCCAUUUGAAAAUAUCCCAUUGUCCCCCAGAGCCUGCUCUAACUUGUCAGGGAAGAUACAUUCACUGCACUUAUAGUUGAUGAGGCAAAUGCCCUGUCACUACCUGAAGGUUGCUUCAUGAUGCUACCGCCCAGCCCUCUUACCAGCUGCGCCCCAGCCCUCACACUGAAAUACCCACACCCAGACACUUGCCUCAGAUAUGUGCACACGAUACACAGCCACACACAUAGAUAAAUAAGCACAUUCUUGUACCCAGGCUGAUACACAAAGAGCCCCCCACCCUCACACAUAUGCCACUUGGGUUGUCACCAUCUCAUGCAUCCAGCCACAAGCACCACUAAUACCCCAUCCCUUAAACACAUGACUUUUGAAUUAUCCUUGGAUCAACUUCAAGGGGGUGAAGGAGCAGUGAGUCAUCCAUUGCCUUUCCCUCGAACUUCCCAGCAUGUCUCCUACCUCUGUUUCAUACUUCACCCCUGACCCCUUCUUCCUUCCUUGUGCUUAAAGAAUCUUUGCUGGAAAGCCCUCUGGCUUCUCAGCUUCCCUUUCCACCUUCUGGAAAAUACCCACUUUUUGGUCCCCACCUUUUUCCUUUCCCGAGUGCAGGACCACACCAGCGGAAUCCAACCUCAAAACAGGAAGCCUUGGGCCAGUGUCCCACAUGAGCCUGAGGCUUAGGCAAGCAGUGGGCGUGGGGUAAAGACUUCCUGAAUGUACUCCCCGUGCCACCCCAUGGCCCUGCCCAGAACUGAUGGCCUUCAUUACUCCCACAUUUAUCUUGGAACCACAGCCAGUGACAGAACUGCCAGCCCUUCUCGCUGCCUGCCCUGACCCCAGCAGUGUUAUGGGGAACUGUCUGCACCGGGUGGAUUCCUCCCCUAUUGAUGAGAACUUCAGUAGCAUUGCCUUUGGAGAUGACUUUUCAGAUGAGUGGAAUAAUUCCUAUGGAGAAGCUGACUAUAACUACACUGGACUUGAAGCAGCUGCCCCCUGCCGCUCCUGUAACCUGCUGGACAAGUCCUCACUGCCCUUCUAUAGCCUCACCAGUGUCCUGGGCAUCCUAGCGAGUGGAGCUAUCCUCUUCGCUCUUCUCAGACCUCUCUUUCACUGGCAGCUCUGUCCUGGCAGGCCAAUCCUGGCACAGUUGGCUGUGGGCAGUAUCCUCUUCAGCAUUGCUGUGCCCAUCCUGGCACCAGGCCUAAGUGGUGUCCACAACAGCCACCUGUGUCACGUGACCCAUUUGGUCUGGUAUAGUUCGGCCUUUGCCCAAGCUUUGCUGAUAGGCUGCCGUGCUUGCCUGGGCCCCAAACUUGGUGCAGGCCAGGUCCCAGGCCUCACCCUAUGGCUCACCCUGGGACUUUGGGUAGUGGCAGUCCUAUUGGGGCUGCCCAUCACCCUAGCCAGUGACAUUUCCAGUGGACUCUGCACGCUGACAUUCAGACGGGGCAUUUUACAGUUUAUGCACACUGCUGCCUGUUUUGCUAUCUUUAUCUUGUUGCCACUGGGUUUAUUGGGAGCCAAGGGGCUAAAGAAGGUAUUGGGCAAGGGGUCAUGUCCCUGGGUAGAUAUCCUGUGUGUCUGGUUCAUUUUCUGGUGGCCUCAUGGAGUACUUCGGGUAUUGGACUCCUUAGUAAGGUCCAACUUCUUGACAUUGUCAUCAUGUCCAGCCCAGCAGGCCCUGGACCUGCUGGUGCACCUGGCAGAAGCCCUGGCAAUAUUACACUGUGUGGCUACACCCCUGCUCCUAGCCCUGUUCUGCCACCAGGCCACUCGCACUUGCUUGCCCUCCUUGCCUCUCCCAGCAAGACAGUCCUUUCAUCUGGACACCCUUGGAAGCAAAUCCUAGCUCUCUUCCCACCUGUCAACCUGAAUUAAAGUCUACACUGCUUUUAUGAA